AUGGGCGCCCAGCAGUCUCUUCCUGGGCAAGACGCCAAUGCUACCGUUGCUAGGACAUGCUACUACGUCCUGCUGGACGUCGAGCACGAUGCCACCGAACAUGAGAUCAAGAAGGCCUACCACAAAAGAGCGCUGGAGCUCCACCCUGACCGCAAUAUAAACGAUGUCGAGACGGCCACGAAAAAGUUUGCAGAGGUACAGGCCGCUUACGACGUCCUCUCUGAUCCCCAGGAGAGGGCGUGGUACGACUCUCACCGUGACGCUAUUCUGAGCGGCCAUGACGGUUCUGGACACGGCGCCGAGCCCGCAACGUUCCGCAACGUCCGCUUGACAACCACAGAGGAAAUCUUAAGCCUCGUGCGCAAGUUCAAUGCAACCGUUCCCUUUAAUGACCAACCCAGCGGCUUCUUCGGAAUGGCCAGGGAGGUCUUUGAGCAUCUCGCCCUGGAGGAGGAAGCUGCAGCCGAGGCUGCCAAUUUGGACUGCCCGGAGUAUCCGACUUUUGGCUUUGCCGGCGAUGAUUACGACGGCGUCGUGAAGCCAUUCUACGCCGCGUGGGCUGGCUUUUCCACUAAGAAAUAUUUCUCCUGGAAGGACAAGUAUCGUCCAUCGGACGCGCCUGACCGCCGAACGCGCCGCCUCAUGGAAAAGGAAAACAAGAAGAGCCGUGAUGAUGCCAUCCGUGAGUUCAAUGACGCGGUUGGCUUCUUGGUCGUCUUCGUAAGGAAACGUGAUCCUCGCUACCUCCCAAAUGCACAGACCAACGCUGAGCGUCAAAAAUCACUGCGCGAUGUGGUGGCGGCCCAAGCUGCUCGAUCUCGCGCUGCAAAUCGGGAGAAGAUGGCGUCGUGUAGUGUUCCCGACUGGACGGGUUUUGGCGCCGACGAAACACAGGAGUGCUUCUACUCGGAGUCCGAUGAAGAGUCGGAGAUAGAGUUGCUCGAAUGUGUCGUCUGCAAUAAAUCGUUCAAAAGUGCCAAUCAGCUCAAAGCCCACGACCGGAGUAAGAAGCACACCAAAGCCGUUCAAGAGCUGCGCCGCCAGUUGCGAAAAGAAGGCGCGGAGCUCGACCUGGAUACUGCUCCCUUGCCAGCAUCCGACAUCGACCAGCCUCCUCGCACGGUGCCUCCAGAGCUGGCGGCCGCUCCCCAAGAGGCAGAACGGGAGAGCACGGAAGCGGCGGAGCUGGACACUGCCAUGGAUGGGCAGGCAUCGUCGAGCCCACAAGGGUCCACGUCUGCAUUGGGUUAUGACGAGUACGCACCCAGGAGCAUGGUUGAACAGAGGCUGGACUCUGCCCAAGUUGCAGGAGACGACGAUUCGCGAAACCUCGGAGCCUCGCCCCAAGACGGGCAAAGCCAAGGCCAAGCGAGAGAGAAGAAAGACCCAACUAAUCUCACGAGCUGCGCAGCAUCCAUGCUCUGUGUGUUCAGAGUCGUUCGAGUCCAGGACCAGGCUCUUCAAACAUAUACGCGAGGAGGGACACGCUGCUCCCGCGUCAAAAACAGCGACAAGAGACGAGAAGGCCAUGAAGAAAAGGCGAUGACCUGA